CCCAAAAUUGUUAUUUCGUUUUUUUAAUACGUUUAUUUAAAAUGAAUAAAAUGAUGAUGUUUGGACGAAAAUAAAAAUGUUUGACACAAUUUUUGUCAAUCGGAACAAAAGCGUCGUAUCUCGGGGUCAGUCGAUAACCCUUUGUCCAUCCUAUUAAUUCUUCACUAAACCCAGUCCUAAGAUCUUCCGAGAAUGUAUAUCCGGGUGAUCGUUUUUUUGGCGUUUAUUUCUUUCAUCAAGUGUGCACCAGCAGUGGAUCCCAUUUCUGCACCAUCAGCUUAUACGACAAUAAAAACGCGAAAAGUGGCUCGGGGUUCGAUCGUACACCAAGUAUUAAAAAAGCCGCACAAUCUGCUCGUCGGGCGGUGCAAACCCACCGACAGUGUCCUCCACCAGGAGAAUAUCAUACUGUAUAAUGACGGAAAAAGUCACGUCGGUGCCGGAAUAAGAAUCAAUGUGGAAGGUGAGGUUUACAUCACUUGUGCCAAUAUCUACGACGAAGUGCCCAAUGGCGAAGGAGGGUACCCGUCGUAUGCGGGAGGCGGAGUCGGACACAACUACAUCGAAUUCAACGUGGAAACCGAAUACGGGAAAGGAUUCCAUUUCUUUGUGCAAAUCUUCGGCUACGAGUUGAAGAACAAAACCGAAAACGCUGUUUGAUUUUUUCCUGAAUAAAUUCUUGCGAAUUAAA